CACUUCUGGGGAUCAUCGAAUGUUCUGGAACCGCCUUCUCACUCCAUUUUAAAACCCUAGCGACAACCCUCACUCUUCGCUGAAACACCAUUUUAACACCUAACUUUUAUCCACAACUCAACAACUCGAAGCAUCUCCCAUGGCGUCUGCUAAUGCAAUUUCCACAGCUUCUAUCAUCUGCUCCCCGAAACAGGGGGGAUUGAGAAAUGGUAAUGGGGGUGUUAGUCAAUUGCGGACUGCUCAGACGACGACACAAUCGCAUCGCCGGUUCGCGGUUCGCGCUGCGGCUAAAGACAUUGCCUUUGAUCAGAGUUCUAGGUCGGCUAUGCAGGCCGGUAUUGAUAAACUUGCCGAUGCUGUUGGUCUUACUCUUGGCCCUAGAGGACGGAAUGUUGUCCUGGACGAAUACGGCGCCCCAAAGGUGGUUAAUGAUGGCGUUACAAUUGCCAGAGCUAUUGAGCUACCUGAUGCCAUGGAAAACGCUGGCGCUGCUCUUAUCAGAGAGGUUGCAAGCAAAACCAAUGACUCAGCUGGUGAUGUAAAGAAAGGAAUCGACAAAACUGUAGCUGGUCUGGUCGAGGAGCUGGAAAAGAGAGCCAGACCUGUUAAAGGUCGUGAUGACAUCAAAGCCAUUGCCUCAAUUUCUGCUGGAAAUGAUGAUGUCAUCGGUGCCAUGAUUGCUGAUGCCAUCGACAAGGUUGGAGCAGAUGGUGUGCUGUCCAUCGAAUCAUCCUCCUCCUUUGAGACAACUGUUGAUGUUGAAGAAGGAAUGGAGAUUGACAGAGGAUACAUCUCUCCACAAUUCGUUACAAACUCUGAAAAACUAAUAGUUGAAUUCGAGAACGCCAGAGUGUUAGUCACAGACCAAAAGAUAUCUUCUAUAAAAGACAUAAUCCCAUUGCUGGAGAAAACCACUCAAUUAAGAGCUCCUUUGUUAAUUAUCGCUGAAGAUGUUACUGGUGAAGCUCUAGCCACUCUAGUCGUGAACAAGUUGAGAGGCAUUCUUAAUGUCGCUGCCAUUAAAGCACCUGGUUUUGGUGAAAGAAGAAAAGCCCUCCUUCAAGACAUCGCCAUCAUGACAGGAGCUGAAUACCAAGCGACUGACUUAGGUUUGCUCAUUGAAAACACACAAGUUGAGCAACUUGGUAUGGCGAGAAAGAUCACAAUCAGCAAAGAUUCAACCACAAUCAUAGCCGAUGCUGCAUCAAAAGAUGAGAUUCAAUCAAGGAUUUCUCAAAUCAAGAAAGAAUUAUCUGAAACAGAUUCAGUCUACGAUUCCGAAAAGCUUUCAGAAAGAAUCGCGAAAUUAUCUGGUGGGGUCGCUGUCAUAAAAGUCGGAGCUGCAACCGAAACUGAAUUAGAAGACCGAAAACUCCGAAUCGAGGACGCAAAAAACGCGACAUUUGCAGCGAUAGAAGAAGGAAUAGUCCCGGGAGGUGGAGCUGCAUUUGUUCAUCUGUCAACAUUAGUUCCUGCCAUUAAGGAAAAGCUUGAUGAUGCAGAUGAACGUUUGGGUGCUGAUAUUAUUCAAAAGGCGUUGGUGGCACCAGCAUCAUUGAUUGCACAGAAUGCCGGAAUUGAAGGAGUUAUUGAUCCAGCCAAGGUGACAAGAUGUGCGCUUCAGAAUUCGGCUUCUGUUGCUGGAAUGGUGUUGACCACACAGGCGAUUGUGGUUGAGAAGGCUAAGCCUAAGGCGGCUGUGGGUGGUGCGCCUCAGGGACUGGCUGUGUAA